UCGCGGUCCGAAACAGUACAGCAGCGACCUGAAGCGAUCUAUUUAUUAUACCAGUGAUCUUCGACCUUUUUGGACUCGAAACGCAUUUUAUCGUUGCCUGUAACCUGUCGUUUCCAAAAAAAAAAAAAAAUGAUUCAUAAAAACUACUUCGCCUGAUCGCUAACUAGUUCUAAAGCCCUCGCGUGACACGACAUCGAGCCAUCGACGGCCACCGGUUAAAGGACACUCAUCUGAUCUAUGGUCCGGUCUAACGUCGCGUCAUGUCGCCGGCGCUAAAAGAAUACGGACGUUUUGGAACCAGGGCCGAGAGACGACCGUGGCCGCGUGGAUUGGCCGCCAUGGCGUUGACCACGGCCGCGGCGUUGGCCUGGCUCCUGCAGCUACCCGUCGCGUUGUUCGGACGGUGCCAGGCCGCGGCCGCGGUUAACGGUACGCUGUACGGCGCAGUCGGCCCGCCGCCGUUCGUCCACCCGGCGUGGAUGGGAGUCGGCGGAAACCUGACGGCCGUGGGCCGGGUGGACGUGUGCGCGUUGAACGCCUGCGAGGCGUACGUCAGGAUGCGCGACGACCUGGCCAACGCGGUGCGGCCGAUCAACGACAAGUUGCGCGGCGGCGAAGACGGUGGACGGGGAGGCGUGGCCGGUGACAGGGGCGCGCUGCUCGAGGCCAGGCUGCAGCGGUUGGACAGGCGGCUCCGGUCCGUCGAACAGCCCGUGUGGACAAUCGCGUCCGGAGUCUCUCGGUGGAAGCGCUGUAAUCACGGACCGUGCAAGUGCAGAACUGAAACACAUUCGGUGAGCUGUUGGAGAAAGGACUUUGAAGAAAUUCCACCGGGCCAAACGCUACCGUACGACGUCAGCGCAAUUGACCUGAGCACCAACAGUAUAGUGUCUCUGCAUAAAGACACGUUUAAAGGUCUGACAAACCUGACGGAACUGGACCUGACGGAUAACGAUAUAGACUAUGUGCCCGCGGGCAUUUUCAACACGCUGGAAAACCUCACAAAACUGAGGUUUCACAGGAAUCACUUGAUCGAGGUGCCAUUAUUGUUCAAAAGAAACACAAAAUUACAGAUAUUAGACAUGUCGAUGAAUCAUAUAAAACAACUACCAGAAACAUUAUUCCAAUCGACGAAAAACUUGGUGCUGUUGCAUCUGUACGGCAACAAAAUAGAGGUCUUUCCGAAGUCGAUAUUCAAAGAUCUCAACAAGCUGGAAGAUCUCGAUUUGUCGGCCAACUCGUUGUUAGAGAUAUCGUCCGACAUAUUUCGUGGCGUGUCAUCGCUCAAAAGGUUGAAAUUGCAAGAAAAUCAACUGCAACAACUACCCUUGGGGGUGUUUGACGACGUUGAGUACUUGGAAGUCUUGUCCUUAAGGAACAAUCGCAUAUCGUUUAUUCGUCCCGGGUUGUUUAACAACAUGCGAAGAUUGGUGUAUCUAGACCUAACCGAAAACUGGAUAAAUUUACUUAACGGCAAUGAGUUCACUGACUUGGUAGCCUUGAACGAACUACAUCUCGGUCAAAAUUACUUGGAGUUCAUACCGGAACGGACGUUCAAGAAUUUGGCAUCACUCGAAAAACUUUACCUCUUUUCGAACAACAUCCAACAGUUGGACAUCAACAGCUUUUACGGUUUGAAAAAUCUUUCGUCGCUGUUUCUUAACAACAAUGUGCUAAAAAUUAUCGACGACAGACUUUUCGAGCCAUUAAUGAAUAUCAGAAAAUUACACAUUGACAGUAAUAAAUUUCAAUUUCUACCAAACGACUGUUUCAAUCACCUACCAAAGUUGGAAUCUUUGAAACUCUCCAAGAACCCGUGGCACUGCGAUUGCACAAUACUAUACUUGGCUAGGUGGCUGCGGGCGAACAGGCAAAAGGUGUGGGACUCGAACCCGACGUGCCGCGGUCCCCGGGACUUGGGCGGCAAGCCCGUCGAAGACAUGACUUUUGAAGACUUGUGCGACGGCCAAUGGGCGAGCAUGGUGAAGCUCACACCUCGCGUACCCAUUCGAUAAACUGCGGCGGCGGCAGUCGAGGAGGCAUACAAUAUCGUUAUCAUCGUCAUUAUAUUAUAUAAAAACAAUA